UGGAUGGCAGAAUAGUAAAUUUAAGUGACAAUUGACUCGGUGACUUGGGAAAAAAUUGCGAAACCCAAAGUCACGCAAGACUUGGCACCUUGCUUCGAGAUUCCUCAAUGACUCCGAAAUUUCUUUGCCUUUCCUGAUUAAAUCUCGUGUCUUUCCGAGUACCCAUUUCGUGAUUUCUUUUUAAAAAUCUACUCUUUUGUUGAAUCUGUAAUUAGUAUUGACGAUCUGAAGUCAAAGCUCGAGUCUUUUAUCUUUGUUGUUGCUGGUGUGUUUUUUUUUUUUGGUUUGGUUUCAAUCCUUGUUGCAGCAGACUUGAAGAUUGUAAAGGAAGCACCUUUUUUGCAGAGCGUAAGUGGGUUUUAGAGUUUAAGUUGUUUAGUAUAGAAUUUGAGAGUUUGGUUCAGUUAUUUUUAGUAGUUGUUCUGAUGGCAAAUCUUUGGAAGAAGCAGAAACUGAAAGAUACGGGUUUGUGUCGUUUAGGGAUUCUAUUUGCAGUUACAGUCUCUGUAGUUUUGAUGUUUGUGUCUGUACCACGAACUGCUUUGAAUAGGACUCCCAUUGACCAUGAUGAUUUGGAUGAUGUGGACAAAGAUUUGGAAGGUAAGCUUAAUGCUUCGUUACUAGAAGUAGCAAGAGGUAAUGGAAUGUCUCUUAGGUUGCAUAGAAGGAACCAUUUUACGCCGAGGAAUAUGGAUCUGUAUCCGGAUUUGGCGAAAGACCGUGUGGUUAUUGUCUUGUAUGUGCACAAUCGGGCUCAGUACUUUCGAGUAACUGUGGAAAGUUUGUCAAAGGUUAAAGGAAUUAGUGAGACGUUGUUGAUUGUUAGCCAUGAUGGUUACUUUGAAGAGAUGAAUAAGAUUGUGGAAGGUAUUAAGUUUUGUCAGGUGAAACAGAUAUUUUCGCCGUAUUCGCCUCAUAUAUAUCGAAAUAGUUUCCCCAGUGUGACCCCAAAUGACUGUAUAAACAAGGGUGAUGAGGUGAAGACACAUUGUGAUGGCAAUCCUGAUCAGUAUGGGAAUCACCGGUCUCCAAAGAUCGUGUCUUUGAAGCAUCACUGGUGGUGGAUGAUGAACACGGUUUGGGAUGGGUUGGAGGAGACUAAAAGCCAUGAGGGUCAUAUCCUUUUCAUUGAGGAAGAUCAUUUUCUUUUUCCUAAUGCCUACCGUAACAUACAGACUCUCACGAGGCUGAAACCUGCUAAAUGUCCUGACUGCUUUGCUGCUAAUUUAGCACCUUCUGAUGUGAAGUCAAGAGGAGAAGGGCUUGAAAGUUUGGUUGCAGAGAGAAUGGGUAAUGUUGGUUAUUCUUUUAAUAGAAGUGUGUGGGAGAAUAUACACCAGAAGGCAAGAGAGUUUUGUUACUUUGAUGAUUACAAUUGGGAUAUAACGAUGUGGGCAACUGUUUUCCCCUCGUUUGGUUCCCCUGUUUACACGUUGCGAGGACCUAGGACCAGUGCUGUCCACUUUGGAAAAUGUGGGUUGCAUCAAGGUAAAGGAGAUCAGGGUGACUGCAUCGAUAAUGGGGUGGUAAACAUUGAAGUUAAGGAAACAGAUAAAGUUGUAAACAUAAAAGAAGAAUGGGGAGUUCGGGUGUAUAAGCAUCAACCGGGUUAUAAAGCUGGUUUCAAAGGUUGGGGAGGUUGGGGAGAUGAAAGGGACCGACAUUUAUGUUUGGAUUUUGCCGCUAUGUAUCGUUCCAGCAGCAGCAGUGAAUCUCCAUGAAGCCUUUAGAGACUUCUAAGUAAAUUUGGUAAUAUAAUCAGUAACUUUUUUUUGAGGGGUUUCUUUCUUAUGUGCUUUGUGAAUCGAUAUUGGCCUCAGGUUUGGCGUUGUAUUUUUUGAUUGUUAUGUCUUGUUUGUAUCACCUUAAGUAUUUCACUUUCCAUACGAGCUUCUGCCGCUUUAUUUACCUAAGCUA